UUUAUUCCCAUUUGGUGAAGCCCAACAGGAAUUGGAGAGAGAGAGAGAGAGAGAGAGAGAGAGAGAAUGGUUAUCUCAAAUGUUCAAACCCCAGAAGAAAUAUCAUCCAGCUUUAUCAGUUCAGUCUUUGCAUCAAGAUAUGUUCAGGAUCCUCUACCUAGGUAUAAGAUGGGAGAGAAUUCAAUACCAAGGGAAGUGGCAUAUCAAAUAAUACAUGAUGAAUUGCAAUUAGAUGGUAAUCCAAGGCUUAACUUGGCUUCAUUUGUAACCACAUGGAUGGAACCAGAGUGUGAUAAGUUGAUGAUUGAAUCCAUUAACAAAAAUUAUGUUGACAUGGAUGAGUACCCCAUUACCACUGAGCUUCAGAAUCGGUGUGUGAAUAUGAUUGCAAAUCUGUUCAAUGCACCUUUAAGGGAGCCUAAACAAGCAAUUGGAGUUGGGACAGUUGGAUCAUCAGAGGCUAUAAUGUUAGCAGGGCUGGCUUUCAAGAAGAAGUGGCAGAACAAGAGAAAGUCUCAGGGAAAACCCUUUGACAAGCCUAAUAUUGUUACUGGUGCCAAUGUUCAGGUUUGUUGGGAGAAAUUUGCAAGGUACUUUGAUGUGGAAUUGAAAGAGGUAAAAUUGAGGGAAGGCUACUAUGUGAUGGACCCAAAGAAAGCAGUAGAGAUGGUGGAUGAGAGCACCAUUUGUGUUGCUGCUAUCCUUGGUUCCACCCUCACUGGCGAAUUCGAAGAUGUCAAGCUCUUGAAUGAUCUUCUAGCUGAGAAGAACAAGAAAACUGGAUGGGAAACACCAAUCCAUGUAGAUGCAGCUAGUGGUGGAUUUGUGGCACCAUUUAUAUACCCUGAACUUGAAUGGGAUUUCAGGCUGCCAUUGGUGAAAAGCAUCAAUGUGAGUGGACACAAGUAUGGGCUUGUUUAUGCAGGAGUUGGUUGGGUUAUUUGGAGGAGCAAAGAGGACUUACCUGAAGAACUCAUCUUCCACAUUAACUACCUUGGGGCUGAUCAACCCACUUUCACCCUCAACUUCUCCAAAGGAUCAAGUCAGAUUGUAGCUCAAUACUAUCAAUUUUUACGCAUGGGCAUGGAGGGUUACAAGAAAGUCAUAGCCAAUUGCACGGAAAACGCAAAACUGCUUCAAAAAGCCUUAGAAAAAACCGGGCAUUUUGACAUCAUUUCAAAACAAAAAGGCAUACCCCUUGUAGCCUUCACACUCAAAGACCCCCACAACAAGAGAUUGCCAUUUGAGCUCUCAAAAGCUUUAAGACACCAUGGUUGGAUCGUGCCGGCCUACACCAUGCCUGCCAAUGUCGAGCACAUGACAGUCCUUCGUGUUGUCGUGCGCGAAGAUUUGAGCCGACAACUUAUUGAGAAAUUGGUUUUUCACAUAACAAAUGCAACGUCUGAGCUUGCAGAUCAACUGGUACGGCCUGCUGUGCCAAGGAUAGCAUUUACUGUGGAAGUGAAGGAAAGUGAUGAAGAGAGGGGUGAAGAGAAGGGGACUUUGCAUAUUCCUGCAAUGGGAAUACAUUGGAAGCAAUACAAGCCUGAAAUUGUUGUUAAGGAAGUGCAAGUUAUGGGUGGUAAGACAAAGGGAGUUUGUUAGUUGAAAUCUUUUUACCUGUGAUACAAAAUUGCACACAAUUCUCUAAUAUAAUGUGGAACUAAUGAAAUGUAUUAAUCUCAUUUUAUAUAGGAGGAUUGUAUCUGAUUAUGUGAUCGGAUUGUAUGAAAAACUGUUCUUAAGCUCUAAUUUGUCAAUGUGUGUUAUAAAUAAAACAAUAGAUCUCAUGUACUAUUGCAUAUUAAGUGACAAA